CGUGGGAGAGCAGCAGCAGCAGGGGGAACUUGGAAACUUCGCUGCGUUCAGCGGAGGGAGACGCUCUAGCAGGAGCUGAGGCGGCUGCUCACAGUCCUUCUGCGGUCGACAGAGGAGCAGCGGUCCGGCGCAGCGGCGGAACCAUUUCCGGCUCAACAUGGAUGAUUUGGAUGCUUUGUUGGCGGACCUUGAGUCCACGACGUCCCACAUUUCCAAGCGUCCACUCUUCCUGUCUGACGAUCCCACCUACUCCAUCCCUGUUGGGGGUCAGACCCAUCAAGACAUCUGCUCUCCACAACAAGUCCCACCCACUCCCUCUGAGCAAGCCCUGAACGGACUGGAUGAAACCGAGUCCUUCAGCUCGGCUCAGAGAAGUCCCUGGUCUGGAGAAAGCAGCAGUCCAUCCCAACUCACUGGUGAGGAGGAGCACGUGUACAGUUUCCCUAAUAAGCAGAAGAGUAGUGAGUCAGCUUCUGCCAUGAACUCAACUUUGGGCAGCAACCUGUCCGAGCUUGAUCGUCUCCUGUUGGAGCUCAAUGCUGUCCAGCAAAGCACCCCUGCCUUUCCCACAGAAGAAGAAGCAGCUCCACCACUGCCUGCCAGCAGUAUCAUCCACCACAUCCACGAGAAUGGAGUCUCUACUUCUGGCAAGGCGGGACCACAUAUUUUGGAGAAGCCGAAGCGCGGUGUGACAGCUCGGGGAAUAGAAGACGUACGACCAAGUGUGGAGAGCCUUCUAGAUGAGCUAGAAAGCUCUGUGCCAUCACCAACUCCCACACCUUUGGUGUUGUCAGAUGAACAAACAGAUGGACAAGAGGAAACACCAGCACAACAACAAGCCCGGAUGUCUGCCUCCUCUGCCACACGAGAGCUGGAUGAGCUCAUGGCCUCCCUUUCUGACUUCAAAGUCCAAAGCAAUAUCCAGUCCCAGGGAAAGACGUCUCCCACUGCGCCCCCUAAACCAGCCAACAAGCUGGACAACAUGCUGGGAAGCCUGCAGUCAGACCUCAAUAGACUCGGAGUCCAGACCGUGGCUAAGGGCGUAUGUGGAGCCUGCAAGAAACCCAUUGUUGGACAGGUGGUGACAGCCAUGGGCAGGACAUGGCACCCUGAGCACUUUGUGUGCACACACUGCCAGGACGAGAUCGGCUCCAGAAACUUCUUUGAGCGAGACGGGCAGCCAUACUGUGAGACAGACUACCACAACCUGUUCUCACCGAGAUGCCACUACUGUAACAGACCCAUACUGGAUAAAGUUGUGACUGCUUUGGACAAGACCUGGCAUCCAGAGCACUUUUUCUGUGCCCAGUGUGGAGCCUUUUUUGGACCAGAAGGUUUCCAUGAGAAGGAUGGAAAAGCCUUCUGCAGAAAGGACUACUUUGACAUGUUUGCCCCUAAAUGUGGCGGCUGUGCCCGUGCCAUCCUGGAGAACUACAUCUCAGCCCUCAACUCUCUCUGGCACCCUGAAUGCUUCGUCUGCAGGGAAUGCUUCACGCCUUUCAUAAACGGCAGCUUCUUCGACCACGACGGCCAGCCGUACUGCGAGGCGCACUACCACGAGCGCCGCGGCUCUCUGUGCUCUGGCUGCCAGAAGCCCAUCACCGGCCGCUGCAUCACCGCCAUGGGCAAGAAGUUCCACCCCGAGCACUUUGUGUGCGCCUUCUGCCUCAAGCAGCUCAACAAAGGCACCUUCAAGGAGCAGAACGACAAGCCCUACUGCCACGGCUGCUUUAUUAAACUCUUCAGUUAGGCUGUGGGUCUGUGUGUUAGCGUCUGCACACAUCUGUGCUCGUGUUUGAAUGCACAUGUGGAUUUGUUUGCCCUCGGGUCGGUGAAGUGGUUUUUAAGACAGAGGGUGGGUAACAUCAACUCAACACUGUGGGGAGUUUCCUGUCUGUCCAACCUCUCAGGUUUGACAUUCCACACUUUUGCUAAAACAUUUUUAAGACAGCCCAAAGAGAUUUUUAUUUAGAGGUUUAUUCCUGUGUGCAGCAAUGAAAAUUUGCUUAUUUCCCUGUGUGUGUGUGUGUGGGUUCAUAUAUAAACAUACGAGAUAAGCCGUAAAACUUCCUCAGAGCUGUGAUUUGUAAAUGAUUUUAUUCCCCCAUCGCAGGGCAAGACCUUGCACGAUAUGGUGGUUUUACAAUAUGCAGGUAUGAGACGGCUGCUUGACUGCAUGGACCACGGCGAGUUGACUUCAUCCGAUUUAACGUAUGUGGAGUGUUGAAUACCCAGUGCUUGGCCAAUGAGUGUUAAUAAUCUAUGAGAAAGAUGUAUUUUUCUACCUUUGGAACCUGUUGAUGUGCCAUUUUAAAAUAACUAUGUAAACACUCCAUAUGUACAGAACAUACACACACAGGCAACUCAGUCCUCACUUCUUUCAAAUACCAGUCCAAACUCUUUGCACACUCCAACCACAGAUCUUUUGAUGAAACUAUCCUAAAGGUGCAUUUUACAAAUUGGUCUCAUCAGGAUGUUAUUUCUUAUUUUUCUACUGUUUUACUAUGACAAAAAACCAGCUGUGUUUUCAGUUUCAGUACAUACAAAGGUGUGCUUUUGUGACUUCAUUGUUUCACAUAUGGAAGUGAAAUCAGUCAAAGACACUGAUCUUUGUUUUGUUUACUCCAGCAAAGAGUGUUAUUUACAUAAAUAUUGUCAAAUGAAAUUCGACCUUUACAGCUAGUGCUGACGAAAGGUAGAUCCAUGUCAAUAACAUCAUACUAUGGUUUCUUGAUUUUAAGAAAAGGGUAAAACAACGAUAUUGAAAGUGAAAAUUUGCUCUUCUCAAAAAAAAAAAUCUUCAGUUUAACUUUUUCCCCUCGAUAUUUAUCCUAUGCUACUCGUUAUUAAUAUCAAGGAUGUUUAAUGAUUUCAAAAUUGGUUGUGCAUUUGGCUAACAAGCAUGCUACUUUAUAUUUUGUGGAAUUUAAUCAGCACUAACUGCCAGUUGCUGUUACAAUCAGAAUCAAAACUUAUAUACAGUGUGUUAGACGUGACUGAACCGUGUUUUGUCUCAAUCUCUGAUUAUUGGAAAAUAUAUGCAUUUCUGAGCUGUUCAGGUUCAGGCUGGUAUGCAAAGAGCUGGCUCUAUUGGUGAGAAGGGUAACUAGGUGUUUACCCCCCUCACACACAGACACACGCACACACACACACCAGUUGGAUUCCGGUGCGUCCCACUUCCAAGGAAACGCAGCCCUCAGUGUUUUUAUUUUGAGUCGUGAGUUAUGAUCCUGCUGAGCCAAAAUCAGUCCUCCGCUCACUGAUGGAAACUGGAUUUUGUGUGUUUGCUGGUUCAGGAAUCAGAAUACCGCCCGGGCCGAGCCUUCAGCAAAAUUCAUGUAAUGACUAAUUUCAUCUUUAUUUAGCUUGCAGCUCUUUUUUUGCCAUAUGAGAUGUGUUGCUUUUUGAGAAUAUUCCUUGUCUUUAAUUUUGAUCACUAGGUGUGUAAGGAGUUGAUACACAUUAUUUACAUUCAGAUUGAUUUUAUGUUCAGAAGAUGUUUGUGUUCUUGUGCCAAAUGUGUCGAUGCAAUAAGGUCUUACACACUGGAGUUCUCUCUCCUGUGGUCGGACUCUUUUCCUGGGCUGAACCCUGGGAGAGGCUUCACCUGCUGUGGUGCAUCUUAACUCUCACUUUACACUGUAAUAGACAAACCAUGGAGAAUAUCCUCUGUGGUGUCAACAUGUAGCAGACUGAGAUUCACAGGUAGCAGGGGCUGUUUGAAAGACGUUUGCACCUUCAUUUAAAAACUGUGUAUGCCUAAGAAAAUGAAACCGGAAUCACCACGUGUAUAUUUAUCUUCUUACAGUAUAUUGCCUUAUAGUUUUUGCUCAUGUCAAAGAAUAAAACAUUUAAAAAAUGAGCAUUUUACUGUCAAUGAGAUUAAGUGAACUUUUCUUUGUACAUGGAGACAUUCAUGUGACCUUUACCAUUUGAAUUUUCUCAUGAGCCAUAAAUUGUUUAGGCUUUUCUUGUGGGUGGGUCCUGACCGAUUGAUAUAACUAUUUCAAAUGAAAUAAAUACUUUAUUUCUGCCAUU